UCGUGAUCUCUUGCUUAAGUCACCCGAGCACGCGCACAACUCUCCAGAUGUUUCGACAGUGACUUACGCGGCCUCAGUCGCUGGAUAACCCGCGUAACUCUAUGGUAUGGAGUCGGAAGUGACCUACACGACUAGAUCCGCGACCUAAGUCGCGUGGCUAACAGACCAAAAAUGGGUUUAGCUGCCGAUUAACUGCCAAAACUAUAUAACUUCAUCUUUCCCUCCAGAAUUUCGUGGUUAACAAAUUUCCCUCCAUUUCUCUGGUUCUUCUCCUUCUCCCACACAAUCGAUCCAUGAAUGCAUAGGAAACUCGACAGAUUCGAGUUCUCAUGCAAGAAUUUGAGUCGAUAGUUGUAUCCUCUAAACAGACGCUCGAUACUACCAUACUACUUGCGCGAAAUUCUGUUGAAAGACACUGCGUAGCCAGGCCUCCAUCUAAUCUCUAAGCAAUCGUUGAUUUUAUGUUGGUAUCUCUACUUGUUUUGAUAAGAUUGCACAUAUACGUUUUUUCUGUUUUGGUUACACCUUGUUCACACGAUUUUGCACAUAAAUAUAUAAGCAUAUUCUUGGAAAUUCUGGUUUGGUAACAUCGGUUCUAACAUAACAUAUUCUGAUUUGGAGGCAUUCCAUUAAUAAAAUAGUGAACUGCUCUAUUGACACAAGUAGGAAAUAAAAUGGAGGGAAAACGUGAGAGUUCAGGACCCAACCAUUUGUUGCAGAAGUUGCGUGAUUUUACUCAUUCAAUUGUUGAAGAUCUUUCCCAUAGUCGUUCUCCGGUGAUUUACAUCCAUCGUUUCCGUAAUUACUGCACUGAUAUUUCUGGAAACUGCUAUUGCAUCCACGAUUCAUUUAAGGGAGUGGAGAUUCUCACCCUACAACGGGAAUGCCAUGCACGUAGGUUGGCAAUUUUAUUGCGAGUGCUACUUAUUGUUCAACAACUUCUACAAGAGAAUAGGCAUGGGUCAAAGAGAGACAUUUAUUAUAUGCAUCCUUCUGUGUUUCGAGAACAAUCUGUUGUAGACCGCGCCAUCAAUGACAUUUGCAUCCUUCUUCAGUGCAGCCGCCACAACCUAAAUGUUGUGUCUGUCGCGAAAGGAUUGGUGAUGGGAUGGUUGAGAUUCUCAGAAGCUGAUAGGAUAUUCAACUGCCUAAACCACCCUGAUACCGCACACUCUAUUCCGGUACAUGUAGAAGAAGUGAAAGAUAUUAUCAGCGUUGCAGACUACAUAUUAGUCGUGGAGAAGGAAUCAGUAUUCCAACGACUAGCAAAUGAUUGUUUUUGCAAGACUAAUCGUAGCAUUGUCAUCACGGGCAGAGGUUAUCCCGAUAUUCAGACAAGGAGGUUCUUGCGGGUACUCAUUGAACAGCUGCACCUGCCGGCCUAUUGUUUGGUUGAUUGUGAUCCAUAUGGAUUUGACAUCUUGACCACAUACCGGUUUGGUUCAAUGCAAAUGGCAUAUGAUACAAAGACCAUGAGGCUUCCUGAGAUACAAUGGCUUGGAGUGUUUCCUUCAGAUGCUGAGAAAUAUAGUGUUCCACAACAGUGUCUCCUUCCUAUGACAUCUGAAGAUAGGAUCAAAACAGAGGCAAUUUUGAAUAGAUGCUAUUUCCAGAGGGUAGUGCCAGAGUGGAGGGUGGAACUACAAUUGCUGCUGCAAAGUGGAGUCAAGUUUGAGAUUGAAGCAUUAUCUGUGCACUCACUAACCUUUUUGUCUAAAGAGUAUAUACCAACUAAGAUUCAAGGUAGAUCCUUUAUGUAGCAUCCUAACUUUUCUUCUAUACCAUUCCUUUUGUUUGUGGAAAUUCAACCUAGAACUUUCAAAUUCAAAUUUGACGCAAAGUCCCAAACAUUUGAGGGCCAA